UUCGCUCAGAAAACUCACUGUCACUGACAAAAUUUUGGGAAUAUAAAAAGAAAAAAGUAUUGUAAGGACACAUAAUAUGAUAUCAAUGACUUAAAAAUAUAUGUUUCACGGAUAGACGUACGUUCAGUGAGUUAAAUAUCCUGCUAUUGUAGUUGUCAGGGGAUGUGACUUGGAACUUGCUCUACCAUCUGUAGUAUGUUAUGACGACUGAUACGGGUAAAGUGACCAUUACUGUCCGACUCAUCAGAUCAUUUGAUCAUCGUAUCAUCAAGCAUGUUGUAUACCAUGAUGUUUGUCUGGAACAGAAAGUGUCAGACUUCAAACAAUUUAUCAAAACAGAACUGAAAACACAUUCUGGUCUCCCACCGCCUUUCAAGACCCAUAACUAUGAUUCCAUGAAGAUAUCCCAUCAACCAUUUGGAGCAAAGACAUCUGAUCCUGUGAUCAACAAGGAAAAUGAUGAACAGUUAAUGUUAACAGAUGAUAAAACAUUAGAGGGUUGUGGUGUUGUGAAUGAGACAGAGCUGUCAUUCUUCAAUCUUGAGGAGUAUCGUGCCUAUCAGAAAAAUCCAACUCUCAACUGGUGACCGUCGAGUCAUACAUGAAGUUGACGACUCGUAGAGAUAGUGAGCAAAAGACAUCUUCAGUGAUACUGGUGCAGUCAGCAAUCUGAGUUCCUGUAUUUUUGUGUUUUCCUAUAUUUUUUAGGCUUCCUACAUCACUGGAAACAUUAUUAAUUUUAUCUAUUUUUAUCAAUAUCUAUUAGAUUUUAAAGACUUUUUUACCAGUAAAGUUGACAAGCAUUUUCAGUUUCUUUCUCACUUGCUCUGCUUGCUUGACAUAAUAUGCACUUUAAGUGUUAAGAGUGCCAGCUUGGCGUGUGGAAGGUUGUGGGGCCACUCCAUGACUGCAUCAAACCAAAGACAUGAAGAAAUGGUACCAGUAGCUCCCUUGCUUGUAUGGCACUCAGCAUUAACAACAGAAACAUUUGCUUCCCUCAUACAACCAUGGUAAUAGAUCUAUACAGUCGGGAAUGAGUUGUGGAGAGAGAUUAAUACAAGUUGUAGAACCAGUUAUAAAUUUGAAUAAACUAAACAUUUCUGCUUUCCUGACAUCAAAGAAAUAAAGUCUUCUGUUUCUUCAAGAUGUAAAGUCCUCUGAAAUUCGAAUCCAAAUGUCUGUAUCGGCGAUAUAUGACCAUUUUGUGUCGAUUUGCUGUAAAAUUAAACCCAACUAACUCACUCCCCCAAAUGUCGGUAAGGCACUAUACCAAAGUUAAUGAAUUGAAGCUCUGUUGGGACAUAAAGUAUUAUUGAAAACUAGUUCUAAGAUCUUUUUUCCAAAAGAUUGGCCUACCUAACAGAGUAAAUAGGAUUGAUUAUUUCUUAAAACGUUGCUAUUUUGCAUUUAUGUUAGUUCAGGUAGACACCAUUGAUGUUUUUUACUGGCCCAAUAGAAAUACGGCUUUUGCAUUUCACUCGGGAGUCAGUAACACUAAAAUGCAUGUGCUUUUUUUCCGCUCUUUACAAAUAUGGCAUAUGCAUUUUACUUGCUCUUAACAAACAUGCAUUUCACUUAGCCAUUUGAAAUAUGGUAUAUGUUUAUUAGCUCACCUGAGCACAAAGUGCUCAGGGUGAGGUAUUGUGAUCGCUCACCGUCCGGCGUCCGGCCGGCGUCCGUCCACACUUUCCUUUAAACAACAUCUUCUCCUAAACCAACAGGCCAAUUUUGAUGAAACUUCACAAGGAUGUUCCUUGGAUGGUCUUCUUUAAAAAUUGUUCAAAGAAUUGAAUUCCAUACAGAAUUCUGGUUGCCAUGGCAACCAAAAGGAAAAAUCUUCUUCUCAAAAACCAGAAGCCCUAGAGCUUAGAUAUUUGGUGUGAAGCAUUGCCUAGUGGACCUCUAUCAAGUUUGUUCAGAUCAUGACCCCAGGGUCAAAAUUGACCCCGCCCCAGGGGUCACUUGAUUUUACAUAGGAAAAUCUUAAAAAAUCUUCUUCUCAAAAACCAGAAGCCCUAGAGCUUAGAUAUUUGACAUGUAGCAUUGCCUAGUGGACCUCUACUAAAAUUGUUCAAAUCAUACCCCGGGGUCAAAACUGACCUCACCCCAGGGGUCACUUGACUUUACAUAGGAAAAUCUUCAAAAAUUUUCUAAAAAUAAACCAGAAGGCCUAGAUCUUAGAUAUUUGACAUGUAGCAUUUGUUCAAAUCAUGACCUCCGGGGUCAAAUUGACCCCACCCCAUGGGGUUACUUGUUUAGCUUUAGCGAAGAAUAUUUUUCAAGAAAGCAAUUAAAUUCAGGUGAGCGAUAUAGGGCCAUCAUGGCUCUCUUGUAAUUAUUAGGUUGUUAGAAAUACAGCAUAAUUUUUAUUUAUGUUGUGUAACAUUGCUGUUAGAAACAUGGCACUUGCUUUUUAGGCUGGCAAACUUGUUCGCUAGACUAUUAUUAUCACAAAUCGAAAGUCACAAAGACUGUUGAGACUGACCACACAAAAUAAUAUUUCAUGUGCAAUUCAAGUUGUGUUCUGUGCUGUAUAUCAAUUUUACUAUGAAUUUGUUUAAAGAUUGAUAAACUUAUCUGUUUCAAUAAAUCUAUUUUUUCAACCAUUUUAUAAUCUUGUUUUCUUUUAAAGGAAAAAUAUUUGAAAGUACAAACAGAUCUUUAUAAAGGCAUUGCUAAUUACAUAUUCAUUCUUACUACGCGUUUCUUUAUUAAGCUGGCAUAACAUCUCUCUGCUUGUACAUUCACUUUUGUAUA